AUGUCUCGCUCCGCAGCGGAGAUAUUGCCAGCGUGCAGUCACCUUGGAUAUGCGUUAAACAUGGCCUCGUUAGACAUCGACCCAACCGACUUCAGAUCGGUUUUUAACAAGAGUUCUCUGAUACCGAUAGUGGAAAUCGACAAGACCAACACAUCGGAUGUGACUCCCCCCGGAUCCAAGAUCACGUAUUCCCUUCCUGGUAAUACAAAAUAUGACAAUCUUGGCUCCGAGUCGAAGAACAAUGAACUCGUGACUGAGAUUGGAAAAGAAAUCACCGACAAAUUCAACACCAGCGUGGACUUUGGCGUCAGCUACUCGGGCAUUGGGCUUACGUCAGGGACACAGUAUAGCUAUUCUUCCUCGCUCAAAUCAACUACGGCAUAUGGGGUCUACAGCUUCGACCAGCAGGUCUAUGGAGCUCGAUUGGAUCAGGCCCAAUGGCACGAAAAUGUGAACGGCAAACUGUUGACUGCAUUGCAGGCAUUACCCAACUGGAAUCUUGACGAUCCAAGCAUAUAUCAGAAGUACAUGUCAUUCUUUAAUACUUGGGGUACUCAUUUUGUCAGUCGAUCCUACAUGGGAAAUCGGUAUCAACUUAUGGUCUAUCGAAAGGAGUUGACCGAGAGCUCGGUAUCCAAGUUCAAUCUCCAAAUUAAAGCGGAGUUUGCUGGCGUGAUCCAAGGCGGAGGAGGCAACUGGGGCAGCGAAAAGGAGAAAAAGGAAUAUCUGAGUAACCGGAGAGUGAGCUGCCUCGUCCGUGGUGGUAAGCCAGCAGCCGGUGGCGAGUUGGCCAACAACCCAACCAGCAAAGAUGCCUUUACCGAGUGGCAGAAGACCCGGGAUGCUGCCUACGAUGCCUACACGUCUGUGCAAAUCCACAGCAUUGCUGGAUUUUUGAAAAACAGUACGGAUCCCGCCCACAAUGCUGCCGGGGAGAAACUAUCCCCGGCGCUCGACUACUGCUGCAACUUUGCCAGAUUGCACGGAAAGCUUGCCUUUGAGGUCACCGGAGGAAGCCCUCUAUCAGUUCAAUGGGGCGAAUGCAAACUCACCCCCCUUCCUGGACUGGAGAUAACCGCAAUGCGCCACUCAGAGUGGAGGAUUGAGCCAGUCUCUGGAACUCAUGUCAAAAUUGUUCGGUCCGGAAUAGGGUCCAGCAAUGCCUUAAUCGACAUCACUGUUAAGGCUCCGCCCAAAGAAGUUGAUGUUACGCUGAACGCUGCCUUUGCUUCAUCUGGAAGUGAUGAAAAGAUAUACCGCUUCUUUGUCCUUUCGCCUUAUGGUCCCUUACCGAGGCAACAUCGCACACUGGUGAUGACGUAUAGAAAGAGCGGAGAGGAAAGUACUAACACGGUCAAGCCGUCGUUGCAGGCGUGGGGUGUCUUUAACAAUUAG